AUGAGCAAAUCCGAUCGCCGUCCUCGCCGCGACGUAGGGUUCCGAUUCCUCCCCACCGACGAGGAGCUCGUAGUGAAUUACCUUCUCAGCAAGUUAAUCGGAGUCCCGCCCCCCUCCGGCGAUUACGUCAACGACUGCAAUCUCUACGGCGACCUCGAGCCAUGGGAGAUCUGGCAGCAGUUCCGAGGCCGCGGCUGCGAAGAAGAAGAACAAGACGAAGAUUCCGCCGAUAACGAUCUCUACUUCGUCACGCCGUUGAAGAAGAGAACAGCAACCGGGAUGAGAAUCGACCGCAGCGUCGGAUCCAACGGCGGGAGCUGGCACGGGGAGGAUUCCGGCAAGGAGGCGCAGACACCCGACGGGCUGGUUUCGUGGACCGUGAAGAGGUUCAGCUACAGGCCCAAGAAGAGCAAAGGCGGGCAGGAGAAGAAUGGGCCUGGGCCGACGACGUCGACUUCGUGGAUCAUGCACGAGUACUGCCUGCUGGACCGGCCCAUUCCCUUUCUUGGGCUGGACUCUGCAUCCGCGACAAGGCUCGCGGUCUGCCGGAUUCGGAAGAAGCCAGAUUCUAGUUCCAAGAAGAGGAAGAACAACAAGGGACCCAAAGUGAUUUUUAUCGAUCUCGAGGGUGAUGAUUACAACGACGUCGUAGAGGCGGAAUCGUCAACAAUAAUCGACAACAAGCGGCAGAAGGUCGAUACGACGUCGUUUCACGCGGAGAGUGAAAGUUGCUUGCCGGAAGUAAAAGAAGACGGCAAUCCCGACGAAGAAGCAGCAGCCACGUACGCAGCAGAGCUUGAGCGUUGCUUGUCGGAAUUAAAUGAAGAUUGCGGCGGCGGAAACGUUAGCGGCGGCGAAGAAGCAGUAUCCUCGUACGCAGCAGAGCUUGAACGGUGCUUGACGGAAGUAGAAGAAGAAGAAGAAAAAGAAGACGAUGGAUCGUGGUUGGAAGCGGAGAUUGAAGGAAGCACGUCGGAAGAAGAGGUGGCCGCCUCGACGACGUCGGAUUUCGAAGCUCUGAUUCAGCAAUACUAUUCGACGAACGUGCCCGGAAAAGUAGCAACGUCGUCGGCAGUCUCGGUCCCUAGCUACUGA